AUGUCAAAAACUACAAAUGGAAGAAGCCGAACGAACUCAGCACGACAAUCUUAUGUUGAACAAGUAUCGUAUAAUCAACAUAGAAAAAAACAAUCUUUUACACGUUUACAUUCAUAUGAUGAUACUGAUAUUGCUUAUCGAAGUGCACCUGAAUAUUUAAAACAAUUAAUGAAUACAUCAACAUUAUCAAAUGGACAUUCAGCUAGAAGUAUAACACGUACACAAAGUGCUAGUGAUAUGACAUCACCUAAUAAUUUCAAUCGACCAGCUAGUGGAAAUCCGAAAUAUAAAACACAAGAAGAAUAUUAUGAUGAAAUUCAAGUUUUAAAAAAAGAAUUAAAAUAUACAAAAGAUGAUAAUAGUAAUUUACGUGCGAGAAUUCGACGUUUAGAAGAAGAUAAUGUACGCAAACGUAAAGAAAUUGAUAACUUUUAUGAUACGAAGAAGAAGGAUAGUGAUACGCGACGAACAUUAACUAGUUCUUCUAAUUCGAAUGCUAAUGCUGUUAUGAAUUUAAAACAACGUUUAUUUAAAUUAGAAUCACAAUUGAAACAAAAAGAAACUAUAAUUGAUGAAAUGAAAAGUGAUCCACGAUGGACAAAAAGUACAGAAUUAGAAAUACAAAAUCGUGCUUUAUUUAAUGAACUUGAAAAACAAAAAUUAGAAAAAUUAAAUCUCAUACAACAUGAUUAUAUGGCUUCAAUUGAUGAAGAAAAAAAGAAUGCCAUACGAAAAUUAGAAGCUGAAAAAAGAGAAUUAAAAAUAGAAAAUGAUAAUUUAAAGAAAAAACUUCAUGAAAUGGAAAAAUUAGAACGUGAUGAACUAUUAUCAUCACGUCAACGUGAUGGUAGUACUGAUAGAGAUUUACAUCGAAAAAUUGAAGGCUUGAAAAACACAUGUAGGAAUUAUCAAGAUGAACUUGAUCAAAUGAAAAAUGAACUUAAACAAAUGCGACAUGAACGUGAUAAAUAUCGUGAUAAAUUCGAUAGUGUUAAUGAUGAUCUUGAAAAAAUAAAAUAUGAACGUGAUCAAUAUCGUAAAAAAUUCGAUCGAGUUAAUAAUGAUUUAGAUGAAAUACAAUCGGAUCGCUUUCAACAAACAAAAUCGAAUCUAAUGGAUCGUUCAUCAAGUAUUGUUUCACAUCGAGAAUCAAGUUCAUCUGAAGAACUCAUUAAAAAAGGUUCAAGAUCUAGUACGCCUUUACAAAAAUCCAAGGAAUAUAUUGGUGCACGUUCAUCAUUGACUAAAUUUGAUCGUAAUACACCAUCACCAUCGAUUACAAGAAGAAUAACAUCUCGAAAUUAUCGUCGUGAUGAUUGGAAUAGUGAUGAUGAAAAUCAUCUUAAAAAUUUUCGAGAAAAACAUGCAGCAACUGUUAUUCAACGAGGUUGGCGUGAACAUAAGAAAUCACAUAGAAGUUCAUUUUUAUCUAAAACAAGACAGCACACUUUUGAUAAACGGAAUUCAAAAAUUGGUGGAAUAAAAUCAUCAGAAACACAAUCGCCACGUACCAGUCAACAAAAAUUAGGUUCAAAAAUAGAUAAUCUUGAUAGUAGUUAUAUCAAAAAUCGACCUACAUCAGCUAACAUUUCCAAUGAAACUGCUUUAAAAAUUGUGCAAGCAUCAUUACGUGGAUAUGUCAAUCGAAAUGAAAUAGAUAAAACUUUUCGACCAGAAAAAUUACAUCGUGUUGAAAGUGAUGAUGAUGAUGAUAUUAUUGGAAACCUAUCAAAACAAUUUGGAUCACAAUAUGGAAGUGACAAAAAACGAGAGAAUUUCUAUAGAGAUUCAAAACAAAAUUUUGCAGAUCGUAGUGGUUUGCAUAAUGAUAAAAUUGGAUCUAACAGUCGUUUACCAACAAGUAAUCGAGAUUCUACUUCGAACUUUCGUCGACCACUUUCACCAUCUUCUGAUAAUUAUCGACCAUCAUCACCAAAUAUGAGUAGUAGAAGUAAUUCUAAACAAUUUCUCCCUAAUGAUCAAAAUAAAUUUGGAUUUGACAAUCGAAACAAUCGUGAAUCAUUUUUGAAAUUCCAACGAUCAUCUUCACCUUUAAAUGAUUACCGAUUAUCUCAACGUACAACAUCACCGGAAGAUAUUCGACCAUCAUCUCGUCAAAGUAAUAUGUCAUUAACAAAAAGUCCAAUACAUUCAAAACAAUCGCUUAAAAAUACUUAUAAUAAGAAUAAUGAUGAUGGCAAUGUUUCAGAUUUUUAA